AUGGAAACAUACGCACGUCUUAGUCGUGCUCAGCUGAGUUUUGACUACUUACACACAAACUCAACAACGCACGAAUUUCUUUUCGGAGCCAUUGCCGAGCUUAUAGAUAAUGCACGGGAUGCUGGCGCAACAGAAAUAGAUAUUUUUACUGGUGAGUUAUUUGUGGUUAUAGUGAAAAAUCAGAAUCUACGUGGCGGUUUUUUGUUGUAUUUCCUUGACAAUGGUUGCGGAAUGACAGCGGGUAGUUUUGGGUACUUCUAUUGUAUUUUGCAUAGACGAAGCAAAAAACGUCUGAUGAUCGGUCAUCCAUUGGGAUGUAUGGUAAUGGACUUAAAUCGUAAGCCUUUUAUCGCUAUGACAAUUCACAGAGGUUCAAUGCGUAUUGGAAACGACAUGAUUCUGUUUACAAAACGAGACGGAAUUUUCAGCUGCGUAUUCUUGUCCCGUACUUUUCAUGAGGCAGAAAAGUUGGAUGAAGUUAUCGUGCCUUUACCCAUCUUCCGAGUAAACGACAGGUCACCCUACAUUUCUUCUCCUGACGACCAAAAAAAGCAUGAAGUUGAGAUGCAAAUAAUCUACAAAUUCUCCCCCUUUCAAUGUGCGAGGGAUUUCUUUUAUCAGUUCGAAAGGAUUAAGGGCGACAGUGGAACGUUGGUUAUCGUGUACAACAUGAAGCUGUUGGACAAUGGGUCUACAGAGCUAGACAUUACCACGGAUCCUCGUGAUAUCCUUUUGGCUGCUAGUUCCGACAAGGAGGAUCCGAUGGAGCCUCAUGCAGAAAUAGAGCUCCCUCCAGAGAAACGCAGUCUCCGUGCCUAUGUGUCUAUACUCUACGCUGACCCCAGGAUGAAGGUCUACAUUCAAUCUCGAAAGGUCCAAACAAAACGGCUUUUAGACACACUAUAUGCGGUUAAACGUUACAAUUUUGCUAGCAAAACAUUUCGCACACGAGCUGAGCGUGAACUAGCCAAAGCUAAGGAGGAUGUCAAAGUGGCUGAAUUGCUUGCCAUAGAAGCUGAAAGUAAAGCACGUGAUUGUGAACUUCGGUAUGAGAAUUCCAAAGACCAUGAGCAUCUUAAAUUAAUUCGUCGACUGAACAAUAUUGCUGCAGAAAAACGGAGUCUCGUUACCCUUAAACAAAACGUCGUAGCUCGGAAGCAGAAGACACUUAAGGACCCCAAAACGCUCACAUUUUAUUUUGGGAUGAAUGUGGUUAACCGAGCCUGUGAUGGAAUGUUUGUGUACAACUGUUCACGUCUGAUUAAGAUGUACCAAAGGAUUGGUCCUCAGCAAGACUCCAGUAUGACGUGUCGAGGUGUUGUAGGCAUUGUAGAUGUGCCCUAUAUGGUUUUAGAACCAACUCACAAUAAACAAGACUUUGCGGACGCGAAAGAGUUUCGUCAAUUAAUGCGAGCCAUGGCCGACCACUUGAUGCAGUACUGGGACGACUUGGCGAUUGAGAAAAAUGGAAGUGAGGACACGAACAGAUUUUGGAAGAGUUUUGGUUAUCUCUCUGCUCGUUGGAGAGAUCCACCUAGCGAUGAUGAGAAGUACGCUCGUAAACGUUACUCUUGCGUUUCUCUCUGUGUUCAAUGUGACAAAUGUCUCAAAUGGAGGGUUCUCCCAUAUUCACAGAGUCAAGUGGGUCGUGAUGUUCCUGACAAUUGGCAGUGCCGAGACAAUCCCGACCAGAAACAUCGGAGCUGUGAAACGCCUGAAGAGGAUAUGAGUCCUCUGUUGGGGGUCCUUAAACGCAAAAUUAAGACUAAAGAACAGCGGCAGGCUGAACUGGAAGCUCAAAUUCGCAAGAAGCAGGAGGAACUAGAACUGAUUCUUGAUCCAGACGAAGAGCCUUCUGUCCGUGGGCGCGGCAAACGUCCGUGUCGAUCGUUCCCCAACUCUAACCUGCCGGCCAAGAAGCGGAGCACACGUGCUGCCUCACCACCUGCGCGCACCAUUACAGUUGCUGACAAGAAGCGGAUGGGUGUCUUGUCGGAACCCCAGUCAGUACCGAGGCCGACCACUCGAAAAGUGGCUACUGCAGUUCCCAAGUCCAAACCUUCUUCUACCGGCGUAAACAUAUCUCGUCAUGCCUUGUCUCGUCGUCCUCCUCGCCGUCAGAAUGUGGAUUCCGAGAAUGAAGAAGUCGAAGAAAUUGUUCCCGAAGGAGAUGAGUUUGCUACUGAAAAAUUGAGUUUAAAGACGGCAGCAGAAUCAAAUAUUGGCAUCAAAGUUAAUAGCAGAAGUAAUGUAGUUGCGGAUACAACUGAGAAUUUUAACCAAGACGAGGAUACUGCAACAACUACCAAAAUCGCCGAAAAAUUGAAGAUCUGCUUACGUUAUUUUCUUCCGCCAAAAUGGCCGAUGGAAAAAGAGCGCAUUCAUACCUUGACGGAAGUCGACUUGGCUGAAUUCCCCCUUGAAUCGUUCUUUGAUCGAUACGAGCAAGGUUUACGAGCUCUCCUUGGCAAUUUUCAACAAGAAACCCAACUCAUCGGAGAAACUUUGCAAAACCUUAGGGUGGACGUCGCUAGGCUCUUGGACAAAGUUGCUCCAGAUCUUAAUGCAUCUUCGCGAGCCAAGGAAACAAUUGACCAGGUUUUAAGGGACUACCUUAACCAAAAUCCCUAG